ACAAUAAGUGUAGUCCGUGGGCUAGGAAGAAAAACCCAAAGGUCCAUUACGUGGCACAAACAAUGUGUGCUAUAUAUUUCUUCCUUCUAGCUAUACUGCUGCCUUGCUGCUUUGAGAUUCUAAGCUUAAGCUGCUGCACCAUCAUGAAGGAAACACUAAGGUACUUGGCUGGCAUUGCAGGUCCAAGUGGUUAUGGCUCAAAAUCAACUGCUGAACAAGUUGCAGAGAAUUGUUCUUGCUUGGUAGACCCUCAGCAUCUAACUGCUAUAAUCACAGGGGCCACGUCGGGCAUUGGAGCCGAGACAGCGAGAGUGCUGGCAAAGAGAGGAGUGAGAGUUGUGAUACCAGCCAGAGAUCUGAAGAAGGCAGCUGAAUUGAAGGAGGGAAUUCAAAGGGAGAAUCCAAAUGCUGAGAUUAUUUUAUCUGAGAUUGAUCUCAGCUCUUUGGCCUCUGUGAAGAGAUUCUGUACUGAGUUCCUGGCCCUAGGACUCCCCCUUAACAUCCUCAUAAACAAUGCUGGCAUAUUCUCUCAGAAUUUGGAGUUCUCUGAGGACAAAAUUGAGAUGACAUUUGCAACAAAUUACUUGGGACAUUAUUUAUUGACAGAAAUGUUGCUAGAAAGAAUGAUAGAAACAGCAGAGCAGACAGGCAUCCAAGGAAGAAUCAUAAACCUUUCUUCUGUAAUUCACAGCUGGGUGAAAAGGGAGUGUUUCAGCUUCACACAAAUGCUGAACCCCAACAACUAUAAUGGCACACGUGCUUAUGCUCAAUCCAAACUGGCAAACAUAUUGCAUGCCAAAGAAAUAGCCAGACAGCUAAAGGCGAAACAUGCAAAAGUAACAAUCAAUGCAGUACAUCCAGGAAUUGUAAAGACUGGAAUUAUCAGAGCUCACAAGGGCUUUAUUACAGAUUCUAUUUUCUUUAUUGCAUCCAAGUUGCUGAAAUCUACCUCUCAGGGUGCAUCAACUAGCUGCUAUGUAGCACUAAGCCCACAAGCACAAGGGAUAAGUGGGAAAUACUUUGCAGACUGCAAUGAGACCAACUGCUCAGCCUUAGCCAAUGAUGAAUCUGAGGCACAGAGACUGUGGAGGCAGACCCGAGCUCUGAUCCAAAGAAGAUUGCAACAUCAAAUACCAUGUUAGAAUAUUCUAACUCAUGUUUACCCAAAAUAAACUUAGCUUAGGAAGAUUGUACAUAUAAGCAUUCUGUCUUGUAAAUGCACAAGACAUUUUACAGGUUUAUUUGGGUACCUAAUAAAGGGGGCUUUUGAAUCAACCCCCUAUUUGCCCAAUUAUAUGCUAUUUGGGUUGUAUUAUUUCAGCUUAUAUUUACUUAAUCACUAUUAAUAAAAUGUGACAAUCUUUUACAUGGCUUUCUUCCUGCUAUGGGUUGAAAGAGUAUUCUUAUUGUUUUGGACU